UUUGAAAGCGGCUGCCGAGGCUUUCCAUUAAAAAUGAAGAUCUAGUUUAGUUCAGGAAUACAACAAUACUUUGCGCAUGCGAGUUUGAAUAGAAGAAAACGAAACUGAAAAAGAAAUAUGUGAUGGGAGAUAUUUUCUGCUUCAUUCUCAGUUAACUUGCAUUGCUCCCGUCAAAUCUUAUUCUGCACAAUGGUGAAAUACUUUUUUUAGCUAUCAAAUGCUAAUGGAGCGUAUUAUAUCAGCUCUAAAGAAUGUUUUGAUGUUUGAAAUUUAGUCUUCAAACUCUUACAUGAUGAGUUGUUGGUAUGUCAAGUAACUGCUCUCGAAUUCGUAUACUUCAGAGGAGUUCUCCUUGAACUAAUUGUUUUCGUAUAAAUGUUUGCUACUUUUGUGGAGGCAUGAAAAAUUAUGGAAAAGAAGUAUCAGUUCCAACUAUUGGCAUGCUUGUUCUGCUUGGACUAAUUUCUUAGUUUUUCUAUUUCCUAACUUUAUGUGUUUUAAAUUAUAAUCUGAAUAAGUUUGAAAAAUAUUGUGAGCAUGUCGGCUUUGAUGGGUAUUAAUUUGAAUUAUACUGCUUCUGAGUUUUUACUUAAAGACUCGGCGUUGCCCUAAAGACUACUUUUAAAAAAGGUAUCAUUUUAAUGACAAUGGCUCUCCAAGCUUCUGCUUCUUGUGGUGUAACUGAAGGAUUUUCUAUAACUCGAGCUGGAAAUGAUAGAUGUGGUCUUGAUGAUCUUGUUUCACGAAUUGUUGAUGAUGAGCAUUUAAAUACUGCUCUUUUGCAAGAACAUGCAGAGUUUUUAGGUUUAACUUUAAACAAUGGGAUGUUUGCUACGUCUAAUAGAAAUAUUGAUUUACCUUCAAAAGCCAUAUCUGAUGUGCGGUGUAAUAAUCUGAAAAAGGGAGGUCAUUCUCAAGAAUUCUUAGCACAUUAUAACAACACUGAAUGUGACAAUAUUGGCUUCUUAGAAAAAUCAGCACAAGCUCAAAACUUGGGUCCAAAUACUUCCUUCAGUUCUUCAUUUGAUCAUGAAAACUGUGAUGUAUCAUCCUUGAAUUUUCAAAAUAAAAUGUAUCAGGUGCCAAGACAUGCCCGAAACAUGUUUCCUCAAGAUGAUGGAAAUUCUAUAAAUUAUGAUGAUUGGGGAACAUUUGAUGCUUUACAAAAAGCAGAUAACCAGAAUGAUUUAUUCUGUGAGCCAGAUUUUCCAUUUUCAGAUUUGGAUAACAAUACACUUUGUGAUUCUAUCGAUCAACAGUUCUGGACUCAGGAUUUUGGUAAACAAGUAUCAGAAGCUCUAAACAUGGCUAACAAUGCUACUUCGUGGUCCCCACUUGCAACAACUUCAUUCUCUCAUCAUACCUCCAGUCAGAUUAAUUCAUCAGCUGUUUCAUCUCAUGCUCAGAUGAAUGAGUUGUCUAGAAAACAGGACCGAGAAAAACUUGUUAAUGGUGAAGUUCAAAUGAUGCUUUUAAAUGAGAAUCAUUUUAAUAAAGACAAUGGACAUCCAAACAAUAGAACUUAUAAGCCAAUUUCAUCUGCAUCUAGCUCAAGUUCUGAUUCCCAAACUGAUAUUAUGACAUCUACUCUAAGUCAAAAUAUUUUGAAUAUGGCCAAUAUAUCGGAAGCACAUGAUUCAUUUUCUGCUGCAUCUUGCCAUGGUAUUCAUGGGAUAAAUUCAUCACCAUCAUUAAAGGGCUCAGUUUCCUCAAUAAAUAGAAAUGGAACUUUAAACCAAAUCUCUCCAGCUUAUCAGAAUUUCCCUCGUAAUUUAAGUUCUCGUUACCAGACUGCUCAAAAAGCUAUCUCAUCUUCACAAAUAUCUACUGAAAAUGAUUGUCUCUGUCCAAUGUUUGAUAAUAGUGCCAAUACUACUUGCAAUUUCGACAAUAUUUCAUCAGUUCGAAGUGGACAUAACUUAAAUAAAAUACAGUGUCAGAGGUCACAUCAAGCCAGCAAUUCUGGUUUUUGUUGUUUGAAACAGCCAGAGUUUCUGAAGCAUUAUGUACGCGGAAAUGAUAUUUCAUGCUUAGACAAAAACUUAUCUUCAUCUGAUAUAGAUAAACCUUUAUUAGGAGCCAUUAAUUCCAAUAGAUUACCCAUAUCUCCUGAAAUUCUUCAGCAUUUAUCUGCUCGUACUUUGGCAGGAUUAUAUGCUUUUGGCUUAUAUCAUGAUAUGUUGCAUGCUGACUUAAGUAACUGUGAUGGAGGACCACUCACUCUACCUUCAGGGAUGAAAUAUCCAUCACAUGUUUUUGGUUCUUCUCCAAUAUCUGAAUCUCUUUUUGAAGUUUAUCAUCCGUAUGAUUUUAUUCAUCGUAGAGGACCAUCAUCUGUCUAUGGAACUAAUGACAUGUUUUUUGACCCUACAUCUUCAGCUUUUUUCUCUGUGCCACCUACUUUCAUUGGAAUGCGCCCUCUUCGGCGUAGCGGUCCCUCAAACGAAUUGCAUCUUCGACUAGAAGAAUGUUAUGAGCAGUUUAGACAUCUUGAGAAAGAACGAAAAAAGACUGAAGCAGAACUAGCUCGCCAAAACCCUGGUAAAAAAGUUUCCAGCACAAACACUAUCCCCAUCCCACGCUUGGCAGCUAAUCCAUCGCGAGUUGAUCGUUUGAUUAUUGAUGAACUGCGGGAGCAUGCUAAGGUUAUUACAUUAAUUGCAAAGAUGGAGCAACUACGUAAAGCUGCUGUUCAUUCGAAUAUCCAUUUGACAAUGGAGAAGUGGUUGGAUGCAAUUCGUAAUGUUCAAGCUCGUAGAAGAGACGAAAUAAUCAAUGUUGCUAAUCGUCAACGCAGCUCAGCUAGCCGAAUCCAGGAAGAUAAAGAUGUUGUGGCCUUAGCUUCAAGCAUAAUGGAGUUAACCAAAGCAUCUCGACAAGCUCGAACUUCUAUGUGGUGUGCAUUAAUUACUACAGUUCUUUUAGAUGUUGAUCCAGAUAUUGCUACUGCUCAGUCAUUGCCUUCAGAUUUUCAGGAAUAUGGUGCUGUUAGUACUGCUGAAGAAGCUCUCUUAAAUAAAGAUACUGUUGAAUUAAAUGACCAUUGCUCCUCCAGCAAAGAAAUUUCUAGUGUCAAAAACGAAUCAGAAAGCUUAUCUAAAGGUAUGGCAGCAAAAGAAGAACCGUGUAACAGUGCAGCUAUAAAUAAUAUAUGUCAGCCUUCCGAAGAAUUUGAAGAUGCGCCAAAACCCUCUAAUGAAGUAGCAGAUAAUUCUGCUGCUUAAAUUCUGCAGUAUUUGCCACUUGUAUUAAGAAAUUCCUGUUACAGGAAAAUAAUUUGUUGUUUUUAGCUCUUUGAAUACUCUAGAGUUUUGAUGUAAUUUACACUUGCUUUGCAAAAAUUUCGUAAUAGAGUGAGAAAUAUUAUGCAAUAUAUUUCAUAUUGCCUUGUCCCACUGAGUACCCCUUCCAUGUUUUAAAAACAAAUCAUUAAACUCAUAGUACAAGUGUUUUGUGUGAAUGCUUAAUGUGUGAAGAUAGUGGCAGCUAUGUGAAGUUGUCAAUCCUCUGACUAUUUGUAAAAUGUGAUUAUCAAAUUGUAAAUGUGUGUAGUUGAAUGAAUUUUAAAUAUCCAUGUUGCUUACCACAUACAAUGUGCAGCUUUGCCUUCUAAAUAUAUAUGACACCCUUUGUGAUGUAAUUUUUCUCAUCCUAACUUUUUUUUUAUCCACAAGUUUUGAAGAUAUGUUUAAAAUUUAAAAAAACAAUUUUUAUUCUUUGUUUCUUUUUAAACAAUAUUUUCAAAUUAGUUACGUAAAAUGUUGUGCUUCUUUUUAAUUUGUUUUCUUACUUACAUUCAUGACUUGUGUAAAAUGUUCUUAGCUUCCUACAUACUUUCCACUUUAAGAUAUCAAAAGCAGUGUUGUAGUGGCAAAUUUUUCAAUGGGAGAAUGCUAAAAAUUCCAAAAUUGCAUGAUAAAUAGCACAAGUCAUUUUGUGAACAAUACAGAUACUAUAACAAUACAGGAAAAAGUAUUUUAAGUUUAGAAGUAAACAAAAUCUGAAGCCAAAGUUGUAACCGAACGUUUAUUUUUAGAUUUUAACCAUAGUAUCACUUGUGCUUAACUUAAUAUACUUCUCCACAUAUAGACAAAUUUUAACAGAAGGAAAAAAAUUUCAAAUAAACAAAACUGCAAAAUUGACAAAAA